AUGAAACCGUCGGAGCAAAAUCCGCUCAGCCGGCGACAUUCAUCCACGCUUCAUUACCAGACGUUUGACACCCCGCCACCGAAAUCUCGAGGACGACCCAAUUCCGGUCAGUCGGAGUCGUCGGGAAUACAUUCGCAUGAUCCGCAAGACGAAUCUCAUCGCCAUGGAACGAAUCACCACUCGCCUCUGCCGAAGAAGCAGAUGGCUGUCCUGGCGAUGAUCUCCCUCUGCGAGCAAACGGCGUUCAACUCAAUCAGCCCUUAUCUGCCGGAAAUGGUUUCCUCUUUUCCGGAGGUGCAGCCGGGAUUGGUCGGUGUAUAUGUUGGAAGUCUGGCCACUGCAUUUGCGAUUGCGCAGUUCAUAACAAACUACUUUUGGGGGUGGCUAUCGGAUCGAGUGGGACGGAAGCCGGUGAUCUUGCUGGGUACCGUCUUGACUGCGGCGUCAUUCUUCGCAUUCGGUUUCUGCAAGACGCUGGUGCAGGCUAUCAUCGUGCAAGCCGUGAUGGGUGCCGUCAACGGAAACCAGGUCUUGGUGUCCACCUGCCUGGGUGAAAUCACGGAUCGAAGCAACCAGUCGAAGGCGUUCACCUAUCUUCCGGUACUCUAUGGGGUGGGAGGGAUUACUGGCCCUCUGCUUGGGGGGCUGCUGAUUUUCGAUACUCUUCCGUGGGACUCGAGCAAACCGAACCCCUACCCCUACCUCGCGCCGAAUGUCCUCUCCGCCGGGCUUCUCAUAUUAGAUUUGAUUGCGUCCGUUUUCUUUUUGGAAGAAAGCCUUGAAGAUGCCGAAAGCCUGCCGAAGAUCGGGCAUAGGGUUCGGUCUUUUUUCUCCUGGCUCUGGCAGUUUACGAGCAUGGCGAAGCGCGCGCGUUGGGUGCACCCGCCCCAUACGGUCCCGUACCGCCCGCUCCGGCAUCACUCCUCGGAGUCUCAGGAUCACGAUAGCGAAUUGGACUCGGCCUCCGAGGCGUCAGGUCCCAGGGGAACUCACCACGAGAGUCUUACCAGCGACUUGUGGAAUCGCGAUACGAUUUUACUUCUGACGACGUAUCUGAUUUUCGCACUGUGCAACGUCUCGUUCAACGCGCUUUUCCCUAUCUUCUCGCAAGCCGCACCUCCUACCGGUCGAGGCUUGACCCCUGAAGAGAUCGGUCUCGCGCAAGGGUUUUCCGGAUUUGUUACUAUUAUCUUCCAGAUUUGCAUUUUCGGUCGGCUGCGGGAUAAAAUGGGCAAUCGAUGGUCUUAUCGAGCUGGUCUUUUCGGCUUCGUCGUCGCAUUCAUCCUGAUGCCCUUCAUCGGAUACAAAGGGAAGGACGCUGAUGGCAAGAUCAGCGGCAAGACUGCCCUGAUGGCGGCGGAGCUUUGCCUCGCUUUGCUCGUCAAGACAGUGGCUACGGUGGGCGGCCUGACCAGCGCACUACUUCUUAUCACCAACUCUGCUCCCGAUCACGCCGUCCUCGGUGCCCUCAAUGGCCUAGCACAAACCCUCUCCGCCGCUGGCCGUGCCGUGGGCCCCUUCAUCUCCGGCGGUCUGUUCUCUCUCGCAUCCCGCGUCGAACCCAAAGGCGAAGCCAUGGCAUUCGGGGUCUUUGCCGCUGCGUCCUUUGUCGGUUUUAUCCUUAGUUUCGGGAUCCGCGGACGAUCUCUCGAAGCAGAUGGGUACGAGAGCGACAACACGUACAAGUCCGAUGACGAAGAAGACCCGCAUUCCCCUUCAUAG